AUGGGACCUGAUUCCGUCAACAGAGGAGACUUUCGAAAACUGAGCGGGCUUCCGAGGUCUACCUUUGGAGGCAAGGACCGAAAAGUUCACGGCGUCUGCCAGCUACCUGAAGAAUAUGCCCUUUGCGUCGUUCCAUCUGGAGCCGAGGUGGAUGAACCCCCGUGCGGUGGAAAUUCUCCCUGCACUAGCGAGCUAAGCUCCAGCUAUAGUUUGCCGAAAGUGCUCACCGCUGUUUUCCAGACCGUAUAUGCUUCAGCUACUCUCUACCAGGUGAGAGGUGAUCAAAUCCAGCGCUAUGGCUAUGCUGCAUUCGGAUUGAAUGUUGCACCCUAUCUUGUCAUGUCGCUCGUAAAUCUAGCCAGCACUAUGCUCACCCCUGAUUACUCCACCAUGUAUCUUGUGAAUUCUGGAACGAUGGAGGAAGCUCAACGGCGUAAAGGUUCGAGGGUUGAAGGUGUCGUUGGCACCAUUGGGGGAAAUAGGACAUCAAACGAGUCCUUUGAAAAGGUCAAGUUUGAUGUCAAGGAUGAUGGUCGUAUAUUUAUGCUCGGAUCUGAUCUCGAAUCCUCUCCAUUAGUACCGACGGAAGUGGUGUUGGCUAAGGGAGGACCUCCAGUCAAUCAUCGGACUGGAAAACUCUUCGAUGGCCUUUUUGCUCGGCUCGCCUAUCAGCUUGAUGGGCGACUAGAUCGGCCCUAUCUCUUGAUACCUGGAAGCUCAGAACAUCCCUUUGUAGACGACCGACAGACACUUCUCGAGUCGGUGUACUAG